GGUAAUAUUUCCGGAUUAUAUCCAAACGAGCGGAGUUGAAUACGUUUGCUUAUUUGUCGAGUUUGAUUCUUGCUCGUAUCACCUUUUAUUUAUUAUUAUUAUUAUUAUUAUUAUAAUACCUUGUUUUAAACAAUGAACACCGUUCUAUCAAGAGCCAACUCGCUGUUUGCCUUCUCUUUGAGCGUUAUGGCGGCCUUAACGUUUGGCUGUUUUAUCACAACAGCGUUUAAAGACAGAACAGUUCAUGUGGACGUCAGCGUCUCUCAAGUAAUGCUGAAAAAUGUUGACGACUUCGCCGGAUCCAGAGAGCGCAGUGAUCUUGGUUUCAUCACAUUCGACCUCGCAGCUGAUUUGCAGCCAAUAUUUGACUGGAAUGUCAAACAGCUCUUCCUUUAUUUGUCUGCUGAAUACACAACAAAAAACAAUGCUUUGAACCAGGUGGUGCUCUGGGAUAAGAUUGUCCUUCGAGGUGAAAACAACAAACUGAACCUCAGAGGUUUAAACUCGAAAUACUACUUCUUCGAUGAUGGGAAUGGUCUGAGGGCCAACAAGAACAUCACGCUGACACUGUCAUGGAAUGUCAUUCCCAACGCUGGAAUCCUGCCGCUCGUAGUUGGGAGUGGAGGCAUCAGUCUACCUUUUCCUGAUAAAUAUGAGUCACCCAAAAGCUACUAGAGGGAAACACAAUUUGAAUCUUAGAAUUCACAGCACAUUUACCCAGUGGCUUUUACCACUUCAUAGAAACUGGUGAAAAUAGGAGACUAGAAGUGUUUUUGACAUUAACUCAUGCGCAGACUAAAGAUCUGAGCUUUGAUGUUAGAAACGUUUGAAAACUCCAAACAUAAUUCACUUUACGGCAUUCCAUUUGAUUUUCUUACACAACCUCAUUGGCUGUCAAGCAUAAGAUGGCUACAUUUAAUGUUACAUUGAGUUCAUGUGCCAGCAGCAACAAUUCUGACACGGCAUCAUCGUCAAAAAAUUGGAUUACAAAACAACAAUAAAAACAGACCUGAAAAAUUU